AUGUCCACCACCGUCUCCUCCGCUUCCGCCUCCGCCUCCGCCGGCUCCUGUGGCGCCACCCUCUACGACAUUCCCAUCAAAGAUGCUGUCUGCGCCAUGCCCUACAGCAAGAACCACACCUCCAUCAUGGCCGCCUGCUGCAACGAUGCCGACGUCGUGAGCUACUACAACAACUGCGGCCUCUACUGCCUCGCCCUCGACCAGACCAUCGCCGAGCUCACCAAGUGCCUGUACAAGGAGGGCGCUGCCGAUUCCGCCGUCUUCUGCAGCGGCAACACCACCGACACGGCCACCGCGACUGCUGACGGCAAGCUCGCCGCCACUGCUUCGGCCACCGUCGUUGUUGCUGGCGGCUCUACCGAGUCCAGCAAGUCCGACUCCAGCGAUUCCACCGACAAGAGCAGCGACUCCGAUGCUAGCUCCACUUCCAGCUCCAGCUCCAGCUCCACCAACUCUGACAGCGCUGCCCCCGGCGUCCGUCCUCAGUCUGGUGUUAACACCUUGGGCCUCGCCAUUGGCGCUCUGCUCUUCUCUGCCACCGCCAUCGGAGCUUUCCAGCUAUAA